AUGUCGACUUCAUCAUUAGCUUCGUCGACAACAAACACUUAUAAUGACACUAAUGGAUUAAAUGGUAAUUCAUCAACAUUACAAUGUCGUGUACAGUAUCUUGAUGAUACCGAUCCAUUUUCAAGUGUAAAUUUACCUGAGCCAGCUAGGCCACCAUCAUUUACAUUUCUUACGGCAACAGUUUUAAGCAAUCAAAUCAGUAGUGUACAUAAAGUUCUUAAUGCUCCACAUAAAAUUCCUGAUUGUACACUUCAAUUAUGUCGACAAGAUGGAAGUAAAUCAGAACUUGGACCUUAUCUUGAUAUCGAUCAAACACUUGAAGAACAACGUGAAGAUAUUGAAGCUUUUACAGAAGGACGUAAAUGGUCAAUAGUGCUUCGUACUCAAUUAAGUGUACGAGUCCAUGCUUGUAUAGAUAAAUUAUUAAAUUCAGAUGGACGUGAAUUACGACGAUCAUUAUUUUCACUGAAACAGAUUUUUCAAGAUGAUAAAGAUCUUGUGCAUGAAUUUGUUAAUAAUCAAGGUUUACAAUGUUUAGUGAAAAUUGGUGGUGCUGCUGAUCAAAAUUAUCAAAAUUAUAUUUUACGAGCACUUGGUCAAUUAAUGCUUUAUGUUGAUGGAAUGAAUGCAGUUAUGAAUCAAAAUGAGGUUGUUCAAUGGCUUUAUUCAUUAGUUGAAUCAAGUUUUCGACUUGUGGUUAAAACCAGUUUAAAACUAUUGAUUGUCUUCGCUGAAUAUACCGAAUCAAAUGCUCUAUUAAUUCUAGCAGCUGUAACUAAAGUUGAUCGAGCAUCAAAACGUCUACUGUGGUCAAAUGCAAUGAAAAUUCUAAAUGAAAUGGAUAAUUCAGCUUCAGAAGUUGUUUUGUUAAUUAUAACGUUGUUUAAUACAAUUUUAUCUGCUAUGCCGGAUCAAGAUACAUUUUAUGAUAUGACUGAUGCAUUAGAAAAGCAAGGAAUGCAAAGAUGUACACAAUUUUUUCUUAAUCGAAAACCAGUCGAACCAGAUCUUGUUGAACAAUUUAAUAUUUACGAUGCUGCACUUCGACACGAAGAUGGUGAAGAUGAUACUACAGCUUCUCAAUCAAUCAGGAGGCGUAUACCCCGCACAAAAUCAAUAUUUGAACGAACGUCAUCACGUCGUUAUUCAUCUGUGGAUCUUGAACCCAACGAUUUCUGUGAUAAUCAACAAGAACGUAUGAUCAAUGAUAAUACUAAUCAUGGACAUAUUCGUCAAAAUCACUUGCAUUUUAUCGAUUCAAUUUUACGACAAAAUGAUGAUGCGAUUGUUUCCUCGAAUGGACACGACGAAUCAACUAUAUCGUUCGACGGUGAAGACAAUAGUGAUGAGCGAAAAGCACGAGUUAAAAGUGCUGCAGGUGAUCGCAUAAGUAUGCGAAGGUGUUCAUCGAAUGCUAUUUUAACUACACCGAGAAAAGAACAGGAAGCACCAAAGCCAGUGCCAGAUAGUAGUGCUAUACGUCGAAUGCAAAAUAGAUGGGAAGCAGAAACUCAACAACGUGAAGCUGCAGCAGCCAAAGCUCAAAUACCUAAAUUAGCUUCAACCGGACGAAGUCGUGAUCGUUGGGCAACUUCCAAUGAUACAUCAGCAGCAAAUGUUGAUACUCAGCGAUCUAAUCAACAACCUUCACCUUUAAAAGCAAUGCCAUCAUCUGAUGUUCAUACAGUUCCGUCCAGUCGGUUUACACGCCCGUCAACUUCUUUUGAUGCUGUAUCACCUCCUGCGACACCUUCUCAUCAUCAGAAUAAUCAACAACCACUAAGUCCGCGUGCAACUGAGCCGAAAGUAUUUUCAAGACCGCCACCUGCGCAUCAAAAGACUACAACAAGUACCAGUGCAAUUGAAGCUUUAACACGUCAAAUUAGUUUAUCAUCAACAGGCGGAAAUGAUGCAACACUAACAACAAAUGGUCAGGCCACUAUUCUUGUAAAAGAUGCAAAAGUAACACCAGCAACAGAACUUGUUGGCGCUGUAACAAGGGCGAAAGACAGCUUACAACAAGCAACAACAAAACCAUCGCAAUUGAUACUACCAGGCAUUGGUCUAUCUGGUCAAUUGCCUGACUCAUUACUAUCGAAGCCUCGAUCGGACAAUGAUCUUCAAUGGGAAUUUAUCGUUGGCAAACUACUCUCACGUAGAUUAGUCGUACAAGAUCUGAAUUUCGAAGAAUUGGAUGACCGAGAUGAUAAAAGCAUUUUCACGAUGGGAGGUGGUCAUAUGGGGCCUCCUCCACCACCGCCGCCAAUGAUGAACGGUGUUGGACCUCCUCCACCACCACCAAUGAUGCCUGGUUUUUCAUUACCACCACCGCCACCACCACCACCCAUGGCUGGCAUACCACCUCCUCCUCCGUUCUUACCAAGAGGCAUGGGACCCCCACCACCACCGCCACCUAUGAAUAUGAGUAAUGGUAAUUUCAAUGGUGCACCACGACCGCCGCCACCGACAGCACAAACAAAUAAUAAAUCUGUCAAGACUAUUCGUUUACAUUGGCGUGAUGCAGCGCCGAAUAUGUUACCUACCACAUCAGGAACUGAUGAUUCUCUCUGGAAAUCAUUAAACAAAGUUCCAUUAGAUACUGAAAAAUUAGCUCAACUAUUCGAAUUAAAACAGAGUGAAGUUAAAAUCAAGAAAGGUGGUGAUGUUAAAAAGGAAAUUACUGUACUCGAUACAAAACGUUCAAAUGCAAUUAAUAUUGGUUUGACAGUAUUACCACCAGCACGAACAAUUAAAGCAGCUAUUUUAAAAAUGGAUAGCAGUGUGAUUAAUAAAGAAGGCAUUGAGAAAUUAUUAACUAUGCUUCCAACUGAGGAAGAAAAAAAUCGUAUUAUAGAAGCUCAAAUGGCUAGCACGGAUAUUCCAUUGGGAAACGCUGAACAGUUUUUAUUAACACUUGCAUCUGUUGUUGAACUUGAAGCUCGUCUUAAACUAUGGUUAUUUAAACUUGAUUUUGACAAUAUUGAAUUGGAAAUUGCUGAACCAUUAAUGGAUUUAAAAAAUGGAAUGAAAAUCUUGAAAGAUAAUAAAACAUUUCGACAUAUAAUGGAAGUACUUCUUGCUGUCGGAAAUUAUCUGAAUGGAGUUGAAUCAAUCGGUUUUCAACUUGAUUAUCUAUCGAAAGUUCCUGAAGUUAAAGAUACCAUUCAAAAGCAUUCAUUACUAUUUCAUGUGUGCAAUAUUGUCGUUGAAAAAUAUCCUGAAACAAGUGACUUCUAUUCAGAAAUUGGCGAAAUAACACGAUGUUCUAAAGUUGAUUUCGAUGAACUUGAACAAAAAUUAAUUAAAGUCGAAAGUGAUUGCCGAGCUUCAUUUGAUCAUUUACGUGCAAUCAGUAAACAUGAAACACCACAAGUUAAAACAAAAUUGUCUGAAUUUUUAACUGAUUGUGCUGAACGUAUUUGCCUAUUGAAACUUAUUCAUCGACGUGUCAUGAAUCGUUAUCAAAAAUUUCUUAUUUGGCUUGGCUAUUCUCCUGGUAUUUUAAAAGACACAAAAAUAACAACAUUUUGUAAAAUACUCAGUGAAUUUGCACUGGAAUAUCGCACAACACGUGAUCGUAUCACAACACAAAAACAGAAAAAACAAAACCGAGGCGAAAGAAAUCGAACUCGAGGAAAGUUAAUAACUGAAAUUAUUCCAGAAAAAAGUGGUUUACUUAAACAUGCUUUACCAAAUGAUUGUCGAACAGAUGAUGAAGCUGAAUUUAUGUAUCAGCGAACAAUUGAUAAAUUGAACCCACCCAAUAAUCGAACAAAUAAUGAUUCAUCUCAUACAGUACCCGCUGUAACUAAACAACAGCUAAAUCCACUCACGAAACAGUCAAGUGUGUCAAGUGGUUUAGCAGCAGCUGUACAUAAUGCUUCAAAACAAGAAACAAUGAUGCCUGGUCAUAGACCAAGAGAAAAAGCUGCUAGUAAUGCUUUGAAAAAGCCUGCUGUACAAUCGUCAUCAACAUUAGGUGUAAAACAAUCAUCUAAUCCAAAUGAAACUGAAGCUUUUGAUACAAGUGAUGAACUACUUGAUGAUCUUGUUAAAAAUGCGACUUUAACAGCGUCAAGAGACGCUCUCAAACAGCGUAAAACCGCUCGAUAUGGUGCUCAAAGACGAUCAUUACGUCGUACUCUUCAUCUUGGUUUAAAUGAAGAAGAACGUGCCGAAGUACUUGGUGCUGGAACAAAAUAA